AUGGCAGGUCGAGGUGGAGCUGCUCGACCGAAUGGACCAGCUGCUGGAAACAAAAUCUGCCAGUUUAAACUUGUGCUCUUGGGAGAGUCGGCAGUGGGGAAGUCCAGCCUUGUUCUGCGCUUUGUGAAGGGGCAGUUCCACGAGUACCAGGAGAGCACGAUUGGAGUGAAGUUUGAAAUAUGGGAUACAGCAGGACAAGAGCGGUAUCACAGCCUGGCACCGAUGUAUUACCGAGGCGCCCAGGCAGCCAUUGUCGUCUACGACAUCACUAACACAGACACAUUUGUACGAGCCAAGAACUGGGUGAAAGAGUUGCAGAGGCAGGCUAGCCCCAAUAUUGUAAUUGCACUAGCAGGAAACAAGGCAGACCUUGCUACCAAGAGAGCUGUGGACUUCCAGGAUGCACAAACAUAUGCAGAUGACAACAGCUUGCUGUUCAUGGAGACGUCAGCAAAGACAGCGAUGAAUGUGAAUGAAAUCUUCAUGGCAAUAGCCAAGAAACUGCCAAAAAAUGAACCCCAGAAUGCUCCUGGUGGCCCAGGUAGGAAUCGGGUGGUUGACCUUCAGGAGAGCAGUCAGCCUAGCAGGAGCCAGUGCUGCAGCAAUUGAGCAGCUGUUCCCACCCGACGGAGCCCUUGAAUGACAUGACUGGAAUCCAUGCUAACAAUCGCACUUACCGUAGAGCGGCUGCUGCCGGUGGCUGCUGUGAUUUCUCCAUCCCUUUCUGAUCAUAGGCUGGAGGGAGUUCUUCCACCUGCACCUUUCUGUACAAAUACUAAUUCAAUUCUAAGUCUUAAGUCACUUUUUUAAUAUUACGAACUUCUGCUCUUCCCUCUUUCUGGUGGUGGUGGAUGCAUGACCUGGUGUCUGCCCAGCCAGCUCAGCCCUUCCCACGGGUGAGGGCCAGCAGCACCCAGGUCCCACAGUACUGUAGUUCCCUGUUAGAAAGAAAGGGAUAUUGAGACUAGACAACCUUGUUGAAAAUUACCCGUAGGUAAAAGCUAAGGCUAAUGCCAGUACAAAAUACCUAGAACAACCACUAAACUGUAGCACAUAGUGACAAACUCUGGCUUUUUAGCCACUUAUUGACCAAAAUGAAUUAUGAGUAUUCUGGGGUGGGGCAGAGGGAAGCAAAACUGGUUUCUUCUGUAUUUUGUAUUGUCUGUUUCUUCAUGUAACCAAUCAGUAUCUUGUCAAUAUAGUACAUACAACUAGCUGCCUGUUGUCUUUAUUUGUGUUGGACUCUAGCAUGCCAACUCUUUUCUAUCUCUGGUUCUGUCGUAAUGCACUAAUCCUGUUGCAACUUUUGCAAAAAUCUUGUAUAGAAAAUUGUCCUUUUUUUGAUGGUUGUGAUGCCACUAAUGUUGUUAACCCUACUCUAGUGUGAAUACACAUGGUUUACUGAUGUACAGAGGUGGGGUGGGGGAAACCUCAGAUAACUUGUCAAACAAUUGUAUUACAAAAGCCUGUAACUCCACAAAGUAUGAAGGGAGGUAUUAAAAUGGUUUCUGUUGCCACACUCUAACUGAUGUUGGCUGCUGCCUAGUGCCUAAUGCAAUGUCUUAUGCAUACUGGUAUUUAAGAGGAACUGUCAACUUAGUCUUCAUCACAAACUUCAGUUUUGUGUGAUUAAAAAAAAUUUUUAUAAACCUA